GCUGGAAUAUGGUUUCCCAUUAGAACAUUUACGUCAAAGUCUUGUGAUCACUGUUGUGUAUCAAGUAUGUUAAAACAGGUGACUUUCUUCCUCUGGUUGGAUCUCUUUGGGCUGUCCAUUGGGGCCGCUGCCCAAAAAAAUCUUGCCCUACAUGGAAAAGCUACUCAGUCAUUUAUACAUGACAUCGGUCAUGCCUCCAACGCCAUUGAUGGAAACCGAAAUUCACAAUAUGAGGCUGGGUCCUGCUCUCACACUCCCACUCAAGCGUACCCCUGGUGGAGAGUGGACCUGCUUGAUACGUACAUCGUCACCUCAGUCACCAUCACCAACAGAAAUACUUUCCAUGAGAAGCUCAAUGGGGCUGAGAUCCGCAUCGGAAAUUAUAUAGAGAACGAUGGCAUUGAAAACCCACUUGCUGGGGUUAUUAACUUCAUUCCAGCAGGCAGAUCUCUCACUCUUAGGUGGGACAAAGGUGUAAAGGGACGCUAUGUGACUGUAGUUCUACCGGGAACGGGAAAAACUCUGACUCUAUGUGAAGUUGAGGUUUAUGGGUACCUCGCUCCAACUGGAGAUAAUUUGGCUUUACAAGGAAAAGCUUCGCAAUCGUCACUCCAUUCAACAGGAAUAGCAUACAACGCUAUAGACGGGAACCGUGCCAGUAAGUGGGCACAGGCCUCCUGCACCCACACUGCAGCAAAUUUGAAUCCCUGGUGGAGGCUGGACCUUCGCAGGAUCUACAAAGUUUUUUCUGUCGUUAUCACUAAUUAUGAGUCACCCGCUAGACUCAAUGGGGCUGAAAUUCGCAUUGGAGACUCUCUCAACAACAACGGCAAUAACAAUCCCAGGUGUGCAGUGAUAUCUUCAAUUCCUGGUGGCUUUACUCAGACAUUCAAUUGUAAUGGGAUGGAGGGUCGCUACGUCAACGUGGUCAUUCCGGGAAGGACAGAUUAUCUGAUAUUGUGUGAGGUGGAGGUGUAUGGGUCACCCCUCAACUAA